AGAAAACUAAUUAACUGUGGUAUUGGAUGUUCCUGUUGCUGACACAACGAGCCUUGUGCACUUGACUUUCGGAAUUGGAAACGUAAAUGACUAAAUGAACGUUAAGUUUAAUAUUAAGUUGUAAUAUGUGAUUUAAUAAAACGCGGCAGCAUAAAUUUGAUAUGGAGGAAAAAGAGAACCGAGAUCAUUCGCAUGAUAUAUUGUUAGCUUAUUUCAAUUUUCUGUCAGGAAUGAUUACUUUUAUCAUCGUCUUUUGUUCCCUGAUGAUACUGGUUGUUGGUGUAUUACUUUUAUUACUUAAAUUUUGGAUUCAACAAAAAGUGAAAAAAGCAGUUUCCCAGAAGGAAAAUGGUGAUAAACAGUGUUGUGUUGGAUUUUUUCAUCCCUACUGCAAUGCUGGAGGUGGUGGUGAGAGAGUAUUAUGGUCUGCAAUAAAAUCUCUUCAGACAAAGUAUUCUCACGUUGAGUGCACUGUCUACACUGGGGAUUCUGAUGUUACUUCUGAAGAGAUUUUGGCUCAGGCUGAAGCAAGAUUCAACAUUCAUUUAACAAAGCCUGUUCAGUUUGUGUUUUUGUCCCGACGUCGAUGGGUAGAAGCAAGCAUGUACCCUUAUUUUACUCUUCUCGGCCAAAGUUUAGGAUCCAUGUAUUUAGCACUUGAAGCUCUUUUUAAGUUUGUACCUGAUGUAUAUAUUGAUAGCAUGGGAUAUGCUUUUACUGUUCCUUUAUUCAAAUAUUUUGGUGGUUGCAGAAUAGCUUGUUAUGUACAUUAUCCCACAAUCAGUACUGAUAUGUUGGAAAGAGUUUCACACCAAGUGGAAGCACACAACAAUAGAUCCUUUAUUUCCAGAAGUCCUCUUUUGUCUGCAUUUAAACUUCGAUAUUACCAAAUGUUUGCAUCUUUAUAUGGUCUUGUUGGCCGAUGUUCAGACAUUGUUCUUGUUAAUUCCAGUUGGACCCAAGGACACAUUCUUUCUCUAUGGAAUUUACCAUCCACCACUUUUCUUGUGUAUCCACCAUGUGACGUCAAAGAAUUUAAAAAAAUUUCAUUGGAAAAAAAUAACACUAGGUCAGAUUGUUUGAAAAUAAUUUCUAUAGGCCAGUUUAGACCAGAAAAAGACCAUCCCCUUCAGAUUAAGGCUUUCAGUGAGUUCUUAAAAAGAAGAUCUGGACAAAAAAUGCAGCCAAUUAAAUUAGUAAUAGUUGGAAGUUGUCGCAAUAAAGAAGAUGAAGAGAGAGUAAAUCAGUUACAAGACCUUUGUCAUAGUUUAGACGUUGUUGAAAAUGUGGAAUUUAAAAUCAACAUAUCGUAUUCUGAUUUAUUGUUGGAAAUGAAAGAGGCAACAAUUGGCCUACACACAAUGUGGAAUGAACACUUUGGAAUAGGUGUGGUUGAGUGUAUGGCUGCUGGGUUGAUUACAAUUGCCCAUAAUUCAGGAGGACCUAAGUUAGACAUUGUUGUGGAAUAUAAUGGAAAACCAACAGGUUUCCUUGCACAUGAUGAAAAGUCUUAUGCAGAUGCAUUUGAUACAGUCCUAAAGCUAACAAAGGAAGAACAGUUGGAGAUAAGAAAUAAUGCUCGUGUCUCUGUCAGUAGGUUCUCUGAAGAGGAAUUUCAGUCAUCAUUCUUAUCAGCAACUGAACAUUUAAUCAGUCCAAAGUCGAAGAAAGAUUAAAUGUGGUUGGACUUGUGUAAAGUUUUAUUCCAUGAACUUUUGUCUCUAAAAUAGUUUAGUAGACUCUGCACAUCUUACUUAUGUUUAAUCUUUUAUGAGAGAUUGCUAUAGUGUGCUAAAAAAUAAAGUGCAUACUCUGGCCAUUACUUCCAUUUCAUUAGUACAUUGCUUUAUGCAUUAUGCUUGUUUGAAGUUGUAAUUUUUCAAGCUUAAUUUUGGUAUGUAUAAGACUAGCUCACUGAAUGCUGGUACACGAAAAUGUACCCUUACAAAACAAUAAAAUACAGUGCUGUGACACUUA